AUAACUAAUAGUCUAACUCUAGUUUUGUCUAUUCGACUGCUAUUUCAUCUUAAAAAAGCAUUUGUUCAAAUACUUUUAACACAUAGCAGCAGCCAUCCAAGACCAAAAUGUCUAUUGUUUUCCUAACAUGUUGGCUCAUGGCUGCAUGUUUGCCUAGAUUUAGCUGAAACUAUAACUAACCCCUGAAACCGAAAUUUUAACCCUCUAAAAUUUUUACUUGUUUCCUUUCUAUGUUUGUGGGAUAUCUAUAAGUUGAUUAAAACCACUUCAUCCUAGAAUACUUGUUCUGGGAUUAAAAAGGAUAAAUGGAGACACAAGCAUAUUUCGAUGGAAGGAUAGGAGGAAGAGAAAAUGAUGAUUAUGAUGCUAUUGUUGUAGGUUCCGGAUAUGGUGGCUCUGUUGCAGCUUGUCGAUUAUCAAUGGCAGGAAUAAAGGUUUGUUUAAUAGAGAAAGGCCGAAGAUGGAAUGCCAAGGAUUUCCCAACUGAUACUUUGCAGAUUAUGUCAGCUGUGAGGUUGGAGAACAGAAAUUUAGGCAUCAGUUUUGGCCCAAAAGAUGCUUUAUUUCAGGUGUAUGAACAAAAUGAUUCUGUAGCGGCAGUGGCUUGUGGGCUAGGUGGCGGUUCUCUAGUCAAUGCAGGAGUUAUGCUGUCAACCCCAGUUCGUGCUAGAAGGAAUUCAAAAUGGCCUAAGGCAUGGGAAAAGGAUUGGGAUAUUUGUGAAGCUUCUGCUGUGGCAAUGCUGAGAGUACAAAGCAUUCCAGUCAGGUUUCCAAUUGCAAAAGUAAUGCAAAAAAUAGCUGAAGGAGACGAUAAAGAAACUCCAGCCAGCUUGCUGAAGCUCAGCGUAAAUUUUGAUGUUGAAGGAUCUCCAUCUAAUGCAAUGACGCCUCAACAGAAGAGUAGUUGCGUAGCCUGUGGAAAUUGCAUUUCCGGGUGUCCUUAUGAUGCCAAAAAUUCCACUGAUAAAAAUUAUCUUCUUUCGGCGGUCCAGAGAGGGUGCAAUGUAAGAACCAAGUGCCAAGUUAAGUAUGUGGUUGAGAACACAGGUGAAAUUCUCCAACAAGACAGAAUCGGUGGGAAAAGAAGACGAUGGCGUGUUUACUUAAAUGAGAUUGACUAUAUAGCCUCUGAUUUUGUAAUCCUGUCAGCUGGAGUUUUUGGCACAACUGAAAUACUUUUUCAGUCGCAAUUGAGAGGAUUGACUCUUUCAGAAUCUCUAGGAUCUGGAUUCAGCUGUAAUGGCAAUACAGUUGCUUAUCUUGCUGGAAGUGCUGCACCCUUGAAUGGUUAUGGACUGGAUAAAGAACAGAUGCCAAAGAUACCUUUUCACAAGCGGCCAGGACCAUCCAUCUCAUCAUCGUACACAUAUUCAAUGGGUUUCACAAUCCAGACUGCUAUACUUCCAAGGGCUUAUCCUUACUUGCUGUUUAAAGGGAUUAUGACUUAUGGAUGGCCAACUGGUUACUGGCUCUUUCAUGGGAUAAUUGACAAGCUGAAACAUGUUAUAGGUUUGAAAUCAGCCCAAGCAAUUGUUCUCAAUGCAAUGGGAUAUGAUGAAAGUGAUGGGCAUAUCAUGUUGGACAAAGUCACAGAAAAAAUCUGCUUUAAUCCAGCCCGUGAUCCUUUACUCUCAAGAAAAAUAGAAGUCUAUCAAAAACUUACCAAGAAAUUAGGGGGAAUCCUCUUUAUGUCUAGGUAUAGGAGCACCGCAGUUCAUCUUUUAGGCGGAUGCAAUGCAUCAUUGGAUUCCGUAGGCGGAGUAUGCAACCACAAUGGUCAGAUUUUUAACUCAAAAACUGCCGCCUCUGUGCACCCAGGCCUGUAUGUUUGCGAUGCUUCUUUAAUCCCAUGUUCUGUUGGCAUUAAUCCAUCUCUUACUAUUGCAACAGUAGCUGAGCAUGUAAGUAGGAACCUUGUGCAAGAUAUUCUCGAGUACAACAGCAAAAGAGGUGUAAACUUUGACAUUUUAACUGCUGAUGAGAAUCCUGUCUUAGUCAAUGAGAAAAAUUUAGAUAAUGGCCAGAAUUCAACUGUUCUAAUCAAAGAAACCAUGAGAGGCUAUGUGGGGGGUAUGCCAUGCACGGCUUAUCUCAAAAUGAAAAUGAAUGCUCAGUAUCAAAAAGGGUCUGGUGAAUAUAAUUCGCCAAGCAGAGGAUCUCAUCCUCUGCUGAGGGGAAAGGUUGGUGGGUAUGUGGUGAUAAGAUCCAUCGAGAAGGAUAAACUACACAUCAUAGAUGGUGAAGUAGAUAUGUGUUUGGUUGACUGCAGAACUCCAUACACACAGUAUAUGCACUAUCAUCUUCUCCUUGCGGGUUCUUCUGGUUCAAGAUAUAUUCUUGAGGGAAAAAAGAUUUUGAAUCCAUAUCUCUUUGCAUUAUAUGCUUGGAAAGAGACAAGGACACUGCAUGUUACAUUUAAAAAAGUUGCGAUGAACAGCUCAAGGGACACAGCAGUGCUUUUGAAAGGAGAGCUUCAAGUUUCCUUCAUGGAGCUUCUGAAGAGCUUCAUAAGCCUCGGACGAAACAGAGGAGGAACAUUCAUCUAUCUUCUCCUGCAGACUUUUGUGAGAACCUACAUCUUAAAGAUACCGCGAGGGAGUCAUAUGGAUUUCAUCCGAAAUGAUUCUUGCCAUAAACCUUAUCCAAGCAGCACUCUCCAUAAAAUGGAAACAGAAGAUGGACAAAUUAUCAAUUGCAGGCAAUGGAAAUGCAUUCAACAUCCACAAGGGCUUAAAGAAGAGAAACAACUGAAUCCUGUUCUCCUUCUCAAUGGUUAUUCUACUGAAAGUUACUGGCUGCCAACAGAACCUCGUGAUUUUGUCAGAACUUUACUGCAAGAAGGGCAUGAAAUAUGGCUACUGCAAUCAAGAGUGCACCCUAUGAAUCCUGCAAACAGUUUCACUAUCGAAGAUAUUGGAAAAUAUGAUAUCCCAGCUGCAUUUAGUAAGAUCCUUGAAUUGCAUGGACCGAGCACCAAAAUACAUGUAGUUGCACAUUGCGCUGGAGGCUUAGCCGCUCAUAUAGCUCUCAUGGGAGGGCAUGUCUCCGCAUGCCAUAUCGCUUCACUAUCUUGUACCAACUCUUCAAUGUUUUUUAAGCUUACUACACUACCCAGAAUCAAAAUGUGGCUUCCUCUAGUUCCUGUAUCAAUGGCUGUACUAGGCAAGAAUAAUAUCCUACCUUUGCUGGAAACAACAAAAGCAAGUUUCCGACACUGGCUCUUGAAACAAAUCGCCCGUUGGAUACCGCGAUACGAGAGAUGCACCUGCAAGGAAUGCGAGAUCUUUUCUGGAAUAUUUGGGAAUGCAUAUUGGCAUGAGAACGUGAGUCCCACAAUGCACCAAUGGCUGAAUGAGCAUAGCGCCUCCAUGCUCCCCAUGGGAGGAUUUCCUCACCUUAGAAAAAUCUGCAAUUCUGGAUUUAUUGUGGACAGUAAUGGUAACAACUCAUACUUAAUCCAUCCAGAGAGGAUGGCAGUCUCUACACUGUAUAUCUCCGGUGGGCGGAGCCUCCUGGUGACACCGGAGACUUCAUUUCUUGCCAACAAGUACAUGAAACUGCACCAACCAGGUUUUAGACAUGAAAGAGUGGUUGUUGAUGGGUUUGGACAUUCAGAUUUAUUAAUUGGAGAGAAAUCUUAUGAGAAGGUUUUUCCUCAUAUCUUAUCUCAUAUAAAAUUGGCUGAAUUAGAAGGAAAUGGUGUGACGAGCUUUGAGAAAAAGAAGUACAGUAAAGAGGUAUUAGAAUGGAGUGAUGAUCCCUACAGAGGAUAUGAAGGAUUUGGAAGUUGGUUUUCUCAUUUGACUGUUAUUUUGUUCCUGUUUUUGGUGUUUGUUUUUUUACUGAUGUGAUUCUUUCCAAAGGUAAAGGUAAUAAUUGAUGUUAUUACAUCAACAAUUAUGAAAAGAUUAAUUAAAUAA